GAGACGGAAUGUGGAAUUUGCAGUGGGUGAUAAAGUGUUCCUUCGAGUGUCACCUAUGAAAGGGGUUAUGCGUUUUGGAAAGCGAGGAAAGCUAAGUCCAAGAUUUAUAGGUCCUUUUGAGAUAUUGGACAGAGUGGGACAGGUAGCUUAUCGACUGGCAUUGCCAGCAGUAUUAGCUGAGACGCAUAAUGUGUUCCAUAUUUCUAUGCUACGAAAAUACGUGUCGGAUCCAUCACACGUGCUGAACUAUGAAAGAAUGGAGCUAAAGCAAGACUUGAGUUAUGAAGUGCGACCAGUUCGCAUUAUAGAGAGAGGAACGAAGGAGUUAAGGUCCAAAAGUAUUCCUCUAGUAAAAGUUCUGUGGAGCAACCGUUCAGAAAGGGAGGCAACGUGGGAAAUGGAGGGAGACAUGAAAGAACAGUACCCCGAACUUUUUGAUAAGUAAGCCUGUAAGCUUUCGGUGACAAGUUGAGUCGGGGCAGCAUGGGGUGUAUCUCGUGUGAUCAUGUAAC